CCCUUUGACACAAAGUUAUCCCUGAAAACAACAUCAUUACCACCUUAAACGGCUUCAAAACACACGCGCUGGUCACCUUCCCAUUUUCAUGGAUUCCUUCUCCUUAUUCGACUCAUUUGGAUUAUUUUCAGAAACAAGUAUUCCUCAGAUCUGCAUCUCCUUCUGAAUGAGCUCACCCUUUUCAUCAAUAAAUCCUAAAAUCUCAUCCCAAUACCAAUCAAGGUACGAUUCAAAUCUCGGUGUUCUCGAUACCUCUUGCCCAUUUUGGGCACUACCCAUUCAUAUUAGUUGAAUGGAUCUCUUUUUCAAAUUGUCCAUUUGAAGAAUGUGGUGUUGGUGUUAGAACUAGAUGCAAAUCUCUCGGGAUUAGAUUUAGAAGACCCACAAACCAAAACCCUUUAUUUUGGGUCUAAUUUUCGAUCCCCAAAAGGAUGUUGCCAAGGGUUGCAUCAGCUGAGGAUGCUAAGGAUUUGACCCAAAGAACGCAGCCUAGAGUUUCCCCGUUCAGAGCCCUGAAAACCCUAAUGCUGUUCCUCGUUCUGGGAGUUGGGUUUUCAUUGUUCAGCCUCUACAUGACCAGACACCUCACAGUUCAGAACAUGGUGAUGCAAGCUCGGUCGACUUUCCAGUCUUGCUUCGAGGAGCAGCAGGUGACUCUUGAGAGAUGGGUUAGGCCGCCCUCGAGCUUGAUGCACUCGAUGAGCGAUGAGGAGUUGCUUUGGAGGGCUUCAUUUGUUCCUCAGGUGAAGGAGUAUCCAUAUAACAGGGUUCCCAAGAUAGCUUUCAUGUAUUUAACUCGUGGGCCUCUGCCGCUUUCGCCUCUCUGGGAGAAAUUUUACAGGGGAAAUGAAGGCCUUUACUCUAUUUACAUUCAUGCAUUGCCGUCUUAUGUCGCCAAUUUCUCAUCAGAUUCUGUGUUCUACCAGAGGCAGAUCCCGAGUCAGGUGUCAGAGUGGGGACGAAUGAGCAUGUGCGAUGCAGAGAGACGUCUCCUUGCAAAUGCCUUACUUGACCUCUCCAAUGAAUGGUUUGUGCUACUUUCAGAAGCUUGCAUCCCCAUGCGAAACUUUAGCUUCAUGUACCAAUAUUUCAAAAGAUCGAAGCACAGUUUUAUCGGUGCAGUGGAUGAUGUAGGCCCUUAUGGAAGAGGCCGUUACGACUUGAGAAUGAUGCCAGAGGUCAACAUCUCAGACUGGCGAAAAGGGUCUCAGUGGUUUGAAGUGAACCGAAAGCUCGCUGUUGCUAUAAUCAAAGACUCCAUUUACUACCCUAAGUUUGACAAGUUCUGCAGGCCAGCUUGCUAUGUUGAUGAGCAUUACUUUCCGACGAUGCUCACCAUUCAGUUGCCACACCUUCUGGCAAACAGAAGUGUUACUUGGGUUGACUGGUCGAGGGGUGGGGCCCACCCAGCAACGUUUGGGAGGGGUGACAUAAAUGAGGCAUUUUUAACUAAAGUUAUUGGAGAUCGUGUAUGUGAAUAUAACGGCCAGAACACUACGGAUUGUUUUCUCUUUGCAAGGAAGUUUGCUCCAAGUGCGUUGGAGCCUCUACUGGAAUUGGCACCCAGUCUUCUUGGAUUUGGUUAAUGUGGAUGAGAACUUGAUUGUUUGAUGAUUUUUCAAAAAUCGAACUUCAGGAAUGUCUAUUUUUCACGAUUAUUAUUUUUGUACAGAUGAGUACCAAUUUUGAGGAAUCGGUUGAUUCUGAUCUGUAUUAGAUAGUAGUUUGGUCAGUCAUAUCUACAUCUACACUUAAUAGCAUUACGUGUUAUUUUUAUGAACGUUGGCGCCAGCAGUAUGUUUUAUAUAUGCUGCUGGUAGUCGGCCUUCUGAUGUUCAUUCUC